ACAGUGACCUGCUUAAAUAAGGAAUCCAAUUUCUAUGAAUAUUGAUUUCUGUUCCCUUCUCUUGACAUCCCCAAAGAGCUCACCCACAGCAAGGUCCUGGUCACUAAGGAAUCAAAAUCAAGGUCAAGGUCAAGCUGAACUCUCCUCCACUCUCCUCAUCAUGACCAUGAAAGUCUUUGUGGCUGUCUUCUCCAUCCUCCUCCUUGCUGAUCUCUGCUUGAUAGUUUCAGUCCAACGAGCUGACGUCACCCCUUGCUGUAACAACUUCGUCAACCAUCGCAUCCCACAAUCUCUGGUCAUUGGUUAUGCUUGGACCAGCUCCCUGUGCCCCAAGCCUGGAGUUCUGUUGGAAACCAAACAGGGAGUGAAAGUCUGUGCCAAUCCAUCUGUCAACUGGGUCCAGAGGUAUAUGAAAAACUUGGGCCUCGGCUAAGCUAGGGCCAAGCAAGAUCAGCUGGAGCACUGCCCUUUUGCUAGUGCUGUCCACAGCCUCAAACCUGUUAUUCCCACCCCAGAAGAAGAUGGAAACAGGUCAAGCUCCUGCCACUGUCUGGGGGAGAAUAAAAACCUUUGAA